AUGGUGACCCAGCUCGCUACCGAACAUUCCGGCGAGGUCAACGCACUCUACGAGCAGGUGAUGGCCAUGCGGGCCGAGCUGGACCGCUGUAAGGACUUGAUGUCGGGCUUCGCCGAUCGGGAGAAGGCGAUCACCCAGCUGAUGAACGAACUCCAGCAGCAGGCCAUCCAGGCGACGACGCAGCAUGCCUUCAAUGAGUCGCGCGUCGAGCAGGACGCGUCGGACGAGGUCCAGAGGAUCAAGAGCCUCCUCAGCUCGCCCGCCGUGCCGCCCCCGUCGGUGACCCCCCACCUGCAGCAGGUGGUGCCGAUGCCUUUCGGCGGGCGCUGA